AUGGCAGAAGUAGAACAAAAGGAACGAGAGAUAAAAAAUGCACCUAGCUUUUUAAAAGCAAACAUCUGGGAACAUUUUGGCUUUUAUGAAAAAAGUAGGAAGCACGAAUUGGACAAGUCAUACGCUGUGUGUAAAAUCUGUCACACAAAAAUUAAAUAUCUAGGGAAUACUACUAAUCUGAGAAACCACGUCAGCCGUUUUCACCCAGAAAUGCUAAAACCUACCACCACCACCACCACCAAGGAAAUGAACCCAGAUCAGCCAAGAAUUGAUGCAAUGUUACAGUCAACUUUGCCGCCCAACUCUGAAAAGGUAAAGAGAAUAACAAAAGCUGUGGCAGCUUUCAUAGCGAAGGACCUGCGCCCUUACUCUGUUGUGGAAAACAGUGGGUUUCGCUACCUUUUGAAGACGAUAGAGCCGCGUUACAAGAUCCCGUCACGAAGUCACUUUACAGAAAACGUCAUACCUGCACUCUACCACGAAACCAAAGCUAAGAUAAUUGCAUCAAUGAGCCAAGCAAGUCGAGUCGCAAUAACGUGUGAUUCCUGGACUUCAGUCACGACAGAGUCUUAUGUUACAAUAACAGCACAUUACGUUAGCUUCUUGGCAGAGUACAGUCGGAUAUCCACAUUCUUUCACCGCAGCACUAGAGCAAGCCACUGUCUAAAAGAGAAACAGAAAUGUCUUGGCCUGAAGAAUCAUAAGCUGAUAACUGAUGUGGCAACAAGAUGGAACAGUGCAUACGACAUGGUCGAGAGGUUCUUGGAACAACAACCUGCAGUCUGUGCCACCUUGCUGUCUCCAGAAGUCAGAAGAGGAGAGUCCGAUCUCUGCACUCUAAACGAAACAGAUGUGUCAAAUGCAGAGGACGCCGUGAGUGCAUUAAAGCCAAUGAAGGAUGCAACCAUGCUGAUGUCAGAAGAGCGCAAUCCAACAGUUUCUCUCAUUGCCCCUAUAAAUGCACAACUUCUCCAGAGCAUGACAGACACGAUGGGAGACACACCCAUGAUCCAUGAGAUCAAGAAUUCUAUUAGAACAGAUCUCCAGAAGAGGUACAGCAGUGAGGCCGAGAAGAAGAUCCUUCAUACAGCCUCUGCACUGGAUCCUCGCUUUAAGGGACUGCCUUUCAUCCUCACAGAUGAAGAAAGAUUGGAGAUAUUUAAAGGAGUCACUGAGGAAGCUGCAUCCUUGGAGAUUACAUCAGAUGAGAGUGAGAGGACACAAGAGGAUCAUCAAGUGCCUAGAAGAAAACAAACUCUGGAAGAAGAGGACAGUUCACCCAUCGAAGACAACCAUUCUGAAUCUCCACCAUCUCCUCCCAAAAAGGCCAGAUCGCUGCUCGUGAGUUUGCUGGGACAGUCUUUCACUGACACUGAAGGUACAAUAGAACCCAAAAAGACCCCCUAUGCCAAGGCUGAAGAGGAAAUGGAAAACUAUUGUAAAGCCCCACCUCUGCCUCUCACUGAGGACCCUUUGAACUGGUGGCGUGAGCAUGAGGUCAUAUUUCCCCUCCUUUCUCGGCUGUCAAAGCAAUACUUGUGUAUCCCAGGUACAAGUGUGUCUGCAGAGCGGGUUUUCUCCACUGCAGGAGAUGUGAUUCAGUUGAAAAUGUAUUCUGUCAAGGAUUUUCCAGCUUCCUCUAAUGGUGGCAUGGCUUGGCUUCAGUUGAUGUAUCGUGGUAGAGUGCUUGCUGAGUGCUCAGUGCAGGUAGAUAACUUAUUGAACACCCCUCAUAUUUGCUGUGUUUGCAUCAGUCCUGGUCUUUUUUCCAUCAUAGCUGAGUGGAUGGCUGAUUUGGGUGAUACAAAGAAAGAAGAUGUUGCUGACUAG